AUGUCUUAGAUUUAGCAAAAUAAUCUGCUGUAGCAGCCGCAACCAAUGAUAGUUGGCUCUAAAUUCGAUAAUCUCAGUCUAAUUGUCACACCGAAUGAUAAAAAGUAGAGUGGGUCUCCUAAGAAUCAGCAACUUGGAUCUCCGCUUCUUAGUUAAGGCUUAACACCAGCAUAAAAAAAGUUUCUCGAUGAAUACUACUAAAAUAAUUAAGUUGAAAAGGGCUUAAGUAGCUCUCAACUAGGUGCUAUAAUGAAUGGACCUCGAUCACCAUUAUAAACAUCAUCGAUGGUAAUCUAGUCAAAUUAGUUAGCCAGAGUUGCCCCAGUCUAUGCUGCAAAGAAGGAUGCUUUACCUUAAGUCAACCAAGGAAGCAAUAGUUUCACUAACUUAUCAAUGAGAAAUGCAAACAAAACUAUCAAUAUACUUCACAAGGAUUCAAACUUAAGGACAUCAAGAGAAUCACUUGGAAAUAAUUACAUCACAAACAAUGUCAAUAGAGAUUCCCUCAAUAAACAUAAACUAAUAGUAGCUUAGAAAUUAAGGUUUUCAUAGUCUAAAUCGCCGCCACAGCAUAAUAUGCAAGCAAUGCAGCAAUCUGAAUAUAGUCAACACCAUCUUCCUAAUAUCAAGCAAAGAAUUGUAGUAAAUAACAGCAUUUUGAAGAAAAGGAAAAGUCUGGAUUAGAUCAAUAACUCAGUAGCCACUGAUUAACAGAAUGGAGCAAUCACUGAUUUCAAUAUGCAAGAUUAUCUAAACAAUCAUAAUUAGGAUUCAGAUACUUCUGACCAAGAUCCUUACUAAAUGGGGCCAAGGCGAGAUAACUAUAUCAACUAAUAAGAGAAUAACUAGCAUUUAGGAAAUAUAUCAUCUUCUGAUCAAUUGAAGCAAUCCACAAUAUCAAAUUCUUCUCCAAAUACAACAUCAACUGCUACUACCACUACGACCACAAAUCUUUAGAAUUUUCAUAUGAUUCCUUCGCGACAAGUUCGUAAAAUUGAUCAGAGGCAUCUUAAAUUGGCACUCCCAACUUAAAACCCCCACAGCACUAGAGAUAACUCAGUUGGCAAGAAAACUAAUAAUAGUAGUACAAUUACAAAUGAUUAGAAGACUUCGCAUAGAAUGGCGCCUGCUAAUACUUUUAACCCUAAUCUUGUGAAACUCAAGCUUAAGUCAGCUCCAUCUGAUCCGAUCUCUCAUGAAAUUGCCUUGGAUAAGUAGUGGCUAAGAAUGAACAUCCCUCACAUAUCUGGAGUUAUUAAGGAUGUAAAGGAUGACGAAGGAGUAGAGAUAACGAUUAAUUGCAACAUUGACUCUUUUAGAUGGAUCAUCGAAUACCUUCAGUUUGAUGACUUAGAAAGAUCUAUUGCUUUGGUUAAUGACUAGAACUGCUUGAAUUUGGUGGUUUCUUCACUGUUUCUUGGUCUUGAUGAACUCUAUCUAAAACUUUGGAGGAUGUACUUGUAGGACCACUUUGUAAGAGUGAUAGAUAGCUGUACUCUGAACUUGAAGAAUAUGAGUCAUCGUAUUGUAGGCGAUAUAGCCAAGAAUAUAGAUAUUGCAUAAAUCAAAUAGUUAUAGCCUAGAAAAGAUAAGUUUAUCAGUUAACUUUACAAAACAGUGGUGGAGUAGAUGAUUGAAACAAACAACAUACAAGCAUGCUUCUAGUGUAAUCAAAUAAUGACUGAUCAAAAUAUGAGGAAGACACAAUGCAGGACUCUUAAACCUGAUGCCAAAAGUAUUGUAUCAGCUUACGGAGAUAUUUUAGUCUCUCAUGAGAUAGAUAAGAACUUUGACGGUGACCAAUUCAUCAAGAAAUUCAGGGACAAGUAUAGAAUAUGCUGGCAAGAGAUAUACGAGAAAUUUAGAGCUAUUGUCUAUCCUGCUUAGUAUUGUGAAUAGUGUGAUACAUGGUUUACUUUGAAUUAGAUAGGUGACUGUAGAAGUCAUCCUUAUAAAGCAUUGAAAAAUAUGGGUACCUCGGAAAUGAUGUAUACCUGCUGCAUGAAAGUUUAGCAAAAUUUUAAUCCAUCUCUGUAAGUGUUGCAAGAUGGAUGCAAUAUGGACUUCCACUAACCCUCAUUUCAAAGUGAUUAGUAAAGAGAUGAUUUUGAGGAGUUUAAGAAAAACUUGCCAUUGGUUUCUGAGUCUUAAGAAAUAACUUAAAAGAUUUAAGCUUUGCAUAGCAAUCAAUAUGCUUUUGCCAAGCCCAUGAGUUUUAACUACUGGGUUCCAAUUUCCAAAGCUUACAUGGAAUCAAGUCUUAUUCCAUAGGCAGAUCCUUCGAUUAGACCGAAACCUGACAUAAUGGAUGACUUAUUGUUCCGAACACCAGAAGCAGCUGACUAGAUAUUUGUGAUUCAAAAUGAUUAACUUAUUAGAGAGCAGAUAUCAAGGCAAGCAAAAUAGUUAGUGAGAUCUAGGUCACCUUAAUAGUCAUCUUAAACUAUCAAAACUCUUAUUGGCAACCAGAUCAGAGUGACACUAGAUGUGGAUACAAAUCAAAUUGCUAUUGUUUAGACUAAAAAGAGGUCUCUAAGUCCUUAAUAGAUCAAAGAAGUCCAGAUUAUCACCAAGAAAAAGCUAGGUGAGUGUAGGACAGAGAUAGUUAGAGAAGAUGACAUUCGCAGCAUGAAAUUGAUUACUUAGAUAUUAAGAUAAUAAAGAGCAAGUGAUAAUGAGGCUGACCAUAUUGUUAAACUUGAACCUAGGAUCAUUAGUAUUAGCAGAGAUAAAACUCCUUAGACAUAUUCAUCAUUUAUUGAUUUCGAUAGAGUAAACGAUUUAAAGAUUAUAAAAAGCUCUAAGGAAAUACUAAACACUCGCAGAUCUAACAAUAGUCAAGAACGAAGGAAAAAAUCGCCACAUAUGGUUAUCAGGGCUGACUAGAUCAUCAGAAAAGCCUCUCCUCAUUGA